AUGCCAUUUUUCAGCCAUAAAGUCAUGCUGGCGCACCCCUCUCGAGGGCUCUUCAAGAAAGAGAAGCCCAGCGAUAGCCACCAGACAGUCUCUGCCAGCAAGCCUAAACAUCCCAGACAAGGGGAACCCGCCACUUCCCCACCUGUCCCCGAUGCGCGAGGCGAAGACAUUAUCCGAUCGUCCCCCGCAACAGGUGCGGACACCGAGACGGAGGACUCGCAUGGAUCGUUUCAGAAGCAGAGCUCGAAGAUGAGCUCGAAAGAUGAGCGCGAUGCCACGCCCGCAAAUAAAUCAGAAGAUGCGCCCGGAGAUGAUGCCCAAGGCAAGCCCAACGAUGACGCGCAGUACAAACGGACAGCUCUUUGGAGCGCAGCGUACGAGAAGCUCGGUAGCGAAGAGCGCGACCUGCUCAAACGUUAA